GUGUUUCACCCGUUGUUGGAAGCGAACGUGGUGACGCUGCUACGUCCCUGGCUCGGUUGGUCUCCUCCAUGGUGGCGGGAAGCCGGGGGAGCUGAGCAGAAUGGAGCGGGCGGAUAGAGUGUGGAGGUCGGGGAUGUUUGCUGUGUAGCCGGGCUGUGAGGCGCAUCGGGCCGUACGGAGGGCGCAUGAGAGCCGCCUGUCAGGUUUGGAUCAGUAAGAUUUUCUUCAGACACUUGUCAUUGUGUGAUGAAAAGACUUGAUGAUGGCGUACAGUGACAGCAGAGACAGUUUAGAUAUAGAUAGAGGGAUGGAUGAUGUGAGCUUGGCUGCUGGUAGAAGCCAGCGUGAGAAAAAGCGUUCGUAUAAAGACCUACUACGUGAGGAAGAGGAGAUUGCAGAGCAAGUCUUCAAAUCUUCAAAAAAGAGAUCCAAGGACACUGAUGUAUUGGCUGUGGGGUCUGAGUCGCAUAAGAAGAAGAAAAAGCAUUCCUCAGAUGAUGCUUAUUACCCAGAAUUGUCUUCAUCUGAGGUGAAGAAGAAAAAGAAACUUCUUCCCAGCUCAUCGUCCCCUACCUCAGACACAGCUAUGGACCUGCUAAACUCCAUUUCCUCUCCAUUAAUAUCCUCAAGCAAAUCGUCCUCCAGGAAAACAGAAAAGAUUCAGGCCGCACCCAUUAAUUUACAGUCCCCUACGCAAGUGCCUCGUAAAGAGCAUAGGAAAAAAGAAGAAACCGCAGAGGACCUCUCUCACAAAUCUAAAAGACCUAAACCUCUAACGCUUCGGGAACCAGAAGGCUUAAGGAUGAAACUUAUACUUUCUCCCAAGGAGAAAACAAGUGAGCACACGUUCCCACCACAAGAAAGUCUAGUUCUUAGCGACAGCACGUCUCCCAAGAAGAGCAGCAAGAAAUCCUCCAAGGAUGAAGCGGAGAAGAGCAGUCAUAAGAAACACCGGAAGGAAAGCCAUGCACAUCGGCCUUGUGAAACACCAGAUUCAGCGUCCUCGUCUGGAGGAGACCUGGAGACUGGAGAGUUGGUGAUUGAUGAUACAUUUCGGGAUAUGAAGAAGAAAAAGAAAUCAAAAAAGAGCAAGAAGAAAAAGGACAAACACAAAGAGGAGCGGCACAAGAAACAUAGUAAAAGCAAGCGGGAGCAUGGGUUGGAAAGCAGCCCAGCAUCGGUUCAGGCUCCCUUGCUUUCUUCCCCACCAUCAUCCAUUGCUGCAGUGUCCCCACCUCCAAUCACACAGUUACCCCAGUUACCUGCACAACCACCACCAGCAGCACCACCACCACUGGCAGCGGUCACAGUUGUCUCUCAUCUUGAGGGCACAUCAGAGAAGAAAAAGAAGAAAAAGGAGGUGGAUAAGAUGCAGCCUAAGAAGAAGAAUAUGUCUGCGUAUCAAGUUUUCUCUAAAGAAUAUAGGGGCAGCAUCAUAGCAGAGCAUCCAGGAAUCGAUUUUGGGGAACUUAGCAAGAAGUUGGCUGAAGUGUGGAAACAACUGCCAGAGAAAGACAAACUUGUAUGGAAGCAGAAAGCUCAGUAUCUCCAGCAUAAACAGAACAAAGCCGAGGCCACAACUGUGAAACGGAAAUCCAGUCCUUCAGAGUCCUCUUCAAAGACUAAAGGAUCCUCAGGGCUAUCAUCACCACACAAAAAGUCCCCAAGCAGUCUUGUUUCCUUCUCCUCUUCUCCUGCGAAGGUCCCUGAUACUGAGCCCAUUGACUUAGCAGCCCAUUUGCAGCUAUUGGGGGAAUCUUUGAGCUUGAUAGGACACAGACUUCAAGAAACAGAGGGCAUGGUUGCAGUGUCUGGUAGCUUGUCUGUUCUGUUAGAUUCCAUUCUGUGUGCUAUGAGCCCUUUGGUGUGCCUCACUAGCCAUGUUCCUGAGCUAAAUGGCUGCCCAAAGCAAGUUUUGUCAAACACCUUAGAUAACAUUGCCUACGUGAUGCCUGGCUUGUGACAACAGAAGUGACACAUGCAACGUCUGGAGCCCCGUGUGUUUUUAUAUGUACUGUACAUGCUGUAUUAUAUGUAUAUGUCUAAACUAUUUUAUAUCCA